CGCCGGCGGGCCGGUUGCCUGGGCGACCGGCGCGCGGCCCCGCCCCCCGCGCGGAGGCUCCGGAGCGCAGCUGAGUGCGGGCUGGAGUGGGAACCAGGUCCCUGCGCGCCGCGAACGCGCGAUGGCCACGUGCAACCUCCGGCGGAGGCCGGGCCGGACCCUCGGACUCCUGCUGCUGCUCAUCUUGGGCUUCCUGGUGUUCCGCAGGUUGAACUGGAGCUCUCUGAUCCCUCCAUGGCUCCGACAGCGGCAGCUGGGGCUGCAGGCAAAAGGCCAGAACUUUAUACUGGAGGACGCCCCCUUCUGGAUCUUCGGGGGCUCCAUCCACUACUUCCGGGUGCCCAAGGAAUACUGGAGGGACCGCCUGCUGAAGAUGAAGGCCUGCGGCUUGAACACCCUCACCACCUAUGUUCCCUGGAACCUGCACGAGCCCCAGAGAGGCAAAUUCGACUUCUCUGGGAACCUGGACCUGGAGGCCUUUGUCCUGUUGGCUGCGGAGAUCGGGCUGUGGGUGAUUCUGCGUCCAGGCCCCUACAUCUGCAGUGAGAUUGACCUCGGGGGCUUGCCCAGCUGGCUACUCCAAGACCCUGGCAUGAGGCUCAGAACGACCUACAAGGGCUUCACCGAAGCAGUGGACCUCUAUUUUGAUCACCUGAUGUCCAGGGUGGUGCCGCUCCAGUACAAGCAUGGGGGACCCAUCAUUGCUGUGCAAGUGGAGAAUGAGUAUGGUUCCUAUAACAAAGACCCCGCGUACAUGCCUUACGUCAAGAAGGCCUUGGAGGACCGCGGCAUUGUGGAGCUGCUCUUCACUUCAGACAACAAGGAUGGCCUGCGCAAGGGCGUCAUCCGCGGAGUGCUGGCCACCAUCAACUUACAGUCACCCCAGGAGCUGCAGCUGCUGACCACCCUGCUCGUGAGCAUCCAGGGGGUUCAGCCCAAGAUGGUGACGGAGUACUGGACCGGGUGGUUUGACUCAUGGGGAGGCCCUCACAAUAUCCUGGAUUCUUCUGAGGUUUUAAAGACCGUAUCUGCCAUCGUGAAUGCUGGCUCCUCCAUCAACCUCUACAUGUUCCAUGGAGGCACCAAUUUUGGCUUCAUAAAUGGAGCCAUGCACUUCCACGAGUACAAGUCUGAUAUCACCAGCUACGACUAUGAUGCAGUGCUGACAGAGGCUGGAGAUUACACGCCCAAGUACAUCAAGCUUCGGGACUUCUUUGAUUCCCUCUCAGCAGGUGGCCCUCUCCCUCUCCCGCCUGACCCUCUUCCCAAGACUGUGUAUGAACCGAUGGUGCCGGUUUUCUACUUGUCCCUGUGGGAUGCUCUCCAGUACAUGGGGGAGCCAAUCAAGUCUGAAAAGCCCAUCAACAUGGAGAACCUGCCAGUCAACGAGGGGAACGGCCAGUCCUUUGGGUAUGUUCUGUACGAGACCACCAUUACCUCGUCUGGCAUCCUCAGCGGUCUUGUGCGUGACCGGGGGCAGGUAUUUGUGAACACAGUAUCCAUAGGAUUCUUGGACUAUAAAAACACAAAGAUCGUCAUCCCCCUGGUCCAGGGUCACACCGUGCUGAGGAUCUUGGUGGAGAAUUGUGGGCGAGUCAACUAUGGAUAUAAUAUUGAUGAGCAGCGCAAAGGCUUAAUUGGAAAUCUUUAUCUGGAUGAUUCUCCCCUGAAAAAAUUCAGAAUCUACAGCCUGGAUAUGAAAAAGAGCAUCUUUCAGAGGUUUGGAUGGAAUUCUCUCCCAGAAGUGCCUGUGUUUCCUGCUUUCUUCUUGGGUGGCUUGUCAGUUGGCCCCUCGCCUGCCGACACCUUCCUGAAACUGGAGGGCUGGGAGAAGGGGGUUGUAUUCAUCAAUGGCCAAAACCUUGGACGCUAUUGGAGCAUCGGACCUCAGAAGACCCUCUACCUCCCAGGGCCCUGGUUGGACAGAGGAAUCAACCAGGUCAUCGUUUUCGAGGAGAUGAUGGCAGGCUCCAUGAUACAAUCCACUGAAACCCCCCACCUAGGCAGGAACCAGUACGUUAAGUGAGCAGUGCCGUCCAGUACCUCCUGCACCUUGCCUGGGGACACAGGAGAGUGCCACCUGCGCGAGGUGGCCUAAGCCCUGGUAGGCUGCCCCCUUGCACGCUCCCCUGCAGGAGCAGCUCCUUAAGUAGCAACCUCAGGGAUCAAGGGGCUCCUGUCUGCCCCGCCUCAGUUCAAAACCCCGAACCUGAAGAGAAACGUGGGGCGGCACAGAGGGCCCCCCUCACGCCCAGAUGGUUUCUCAGCCUGGCUUUUGUUCAUGGUACUUCUCCUACUUCCCUGCUCCUCUGGGAGAGGGAUGUCUCCAUGGGGGUGGGAGCGUUUAAUCAGAUUGUCAAGGGCUCCGUGCCUGGGCCCCUCAGAAAAGGGGCUGAAACUGGCUGGGCAUCUCCCCCUGGCCCACUCACCCCAGCCCCGCCCGGCACUCAGGUGAGCGCUCUGAACGCACUCAGCAGGCCUGGCCCACAUCUUUCCCAGCCCCUUGGUGUUCCUGAAGUCUUGAGUUUGUCACCGUUUGUAGAGGAUAGGAAAGAGGGGUGUCUCACCUGAGUUGACUUUGUUCUUUCUUCACAACCUUCCCUGAGCCGCCUUUGGCAUUCUCAAAGAAAUGCCAUUUGAGAAACAUGUGAUUUCCUCUCCGUUCCUACUCUUGCUGCAUUUGACAGGAUGACAAGCUGAGCUUGAGGACCAGAAAUACUCAGCUGCUUCUUUUCCUGAAUUAGGGAGUAUUUCCAGUUUUACUCACUGAAGACAGGCAUCAGUGCAGGAGUAAAGGUGGAGCCCAGCAGAGUGUCUGGGGAGGGAGGGGACAGAGGCCCAGCUCAGUGCUGUUGGGCAGGUGGCCCCAGGAAUGCUGGGGUGGCCACAGGACCACAGGCCUUGCCUCCAGCUCAGCCUCCCACUCUCUGCACCCCCAUGUCCCCCAUAUCCAUGCAGCAGGGAGGUGAGGCAGCCCUCCUUUAGAGCUGUUUUCAUGCCCAAAUUUGAAACUGUCGUUCUGGAGAUCAAGCGUAAUGUUUUGCCUCCUCUCCCUGUCCUUGAUUGCAAUAAAGCAAAGUUACAUGAAACCCUCGUCUCUGGUUUUGUCUGUGCUGCCCUAAACCAGAGGAGAGGGCAGUGUGUGGGUCAGGCUCAUGUGGUUGAGGGUGCAGAUGUUGAUUGGCCCCAGUGGAGGAUGCUGUGCACCCCUGACUUCCUGCCACCCCUCCUCAACUCGCUGGAUUCCCCUUGAAAUGUCACUGGAUUGGAAGUGCCCUGGAGAGGAGAGGUCAAAUAGAAACCCAUUCUUGUGCUGGUGGGCAGGGAUAAGAAUCUGCCAGGCAGCCAAGGGUGCUACAGGUAAGUUAGCUAGUGGAGGGGAGGUGGUGGUGGUGAGCUUUACUCCGCAAACUGCACAGACAUCUAGUGCCCCAAAUGAACCAUCUUCCAUCAUAGCCAGCAUCAAACAGCACCCACCUCUCCAGCACGGUGCACACGCUGGCAGCCCAGCAAAGGCUGGAGAGGGAUGCUGGCUGUGGGGCUCACAGAGCCAACAGGCUUGCAUCCUGUGUGUGGCUGUGCUGGGGGGCCACCUGUGGUGUGCAGCCACAGGGUCUAGGGCUGAGCAAAUUAAGGGCAGAUGGUCAUGCUGGGGGGACCCAUGUGCCCCACUUGGCACAGAGAUGAUCUUAUCAGAGUAGAGCUUGUGGACAGUGUCCCUGAUUUUUCCCAAUCUUUCCAGCUUUUCCAGAUCUGCCCCGAACAGUAAGUGUUGAGCUAAGAUGUGGAUGGGCCCAGGGUUACAUGGGUGUGGCCCGAGCCAGGGAGCAAUGAAAAUGUACUUCUGCGAAGCUAUGCGUGAAGUUGGAUUCUGUUGGAAAACGUGACAGGGCGCUGGAAUUUAAGGGCAUCUUACUGUGAAUCCUUUUGUAAAGCCGAGAAUCCCAUUGAAUUACACUUUUAUGCAAACCUGAGCAGGAAGGCCCUUUCUUAGGAUGAGGCCUUCCCUCACCAACUUCUUAUUCUUAUCCUUAUCUGACAGUUAACCCUAUGGCCUCUCCAGCAAAGCACUUCUUGGCGGAGUUUAUUCUCCAGGGUUGACUAGAUUUGCCCGUAGCUUCUGCACUGUGUGGCCUCUUCUGGUCCUCCUCAUACGCCAGCCUCUGAAUGCUGGGGGCCUCUGCCUACACUCAUGCAUGGGGGUCUUACCUGGGACACCUGUGACUUUGUAAACAGCCUUGACACUAAUGCCCCCGAUGCUGGUCCACAUCUGAGCUCCAGGUGUGCAGGCAGCUGUCCCCUCACCUGCUCUCCUGCACAUGUCUAGCAGGCAUCUGCAACAGAUUUUCUCCAUGUCACCCCUCCUGUCCCACCCUCAGGCAGUUUUGUUCUGUGUCUCAGACUAUCCUUACCUGCCACGUCCAACCAACUGGCAAGUCCUCCUGGCUCUACCCCUUAAACACAUCUAGAAUUUGACCAUUUCUCUGUGCCCCAAAGCUUGCACGCUCACCCGCCUACUGCCGCUCAGUGCCAGGAACAUUGCAGAUACCACCUCCCCAUCCCGCCUGUGUCUGCGCUUGGAGCUGAAGCUGAGGGUAGAUCCUGGUUCCCGGGCUGAUGUGUUCUGGCCUCCCUCUCCCCCCACUCUCCAUCUUCCCCAUGCUACUUCCUCAGCCCCUGCCAGUCAGUUGCAGGCACAUGGGCCUCUGUGCUGAUCUCUGAGCAUGCUCAGCCUCUCCUGCCUGGGGGAGCCCUGGGAGCUCUGUGUCGGGUGUCGGUCAGAUGUCACCUCAUCAGGCAGGCCUCUCUGGCCUCGCUACAGGGCACUGUCUCACCAAUGGGCUCCGUUCUCUUCAUGGCAGAUCACAUCUGAAAUACAUUUGUUAUUAUCCAUCUUCUCUCAUUAGGUGACCUGUUUGAGGAUGAGGGCUUUGUUUUUCCACUGCUGUGUGCUGGCUUCUAGAAUAAUGCCUAUUCCUAACAGGCACCUGAUAAACAUCUGUUGGUUAAAUUAACAAAUAAAAAUAAGGUAGGGCUGAAGAGGAUUAGGACUGUUAAAAACCAUAUUUGACUUUUAAUUUUGAAAGCAAAUUAAAUACAGUUAAAUUAAAACAGACCAGAUGCAGCUGCCUGGGCUCCACCCUCACCCCUCAGUCUCUUUUCUCAGAACUCCUAGCCGCCCCUGGCCUCUCACUCUUUUUGGUGGGACUUGCCAUAGAAGGAGCAGGAAACACACUGGGUUUAGAAAACAAUGGUUGUCAUGGACCCAAUUCUGAUUUAUAACAAAACUCAUUCCCAACAAAGAUGAAGGCUGCAGUCCACCAGGGUUAUAAUUAUAAAUAAAUAUACAUGCAGCUAAAAGAGGAUAUUAGGUGAAAAUAAUUGACUUGGCAUCUGCCAAAAAAGGUCCCCAUUUUGUUGUUCAUUAUCGAUUUCCUAAAAAUUAGCCCUGGGUUUUUGGCUAAGGUGGCCUCAGCCCAGCCAAGCUGACCUUGGCAUUCAGGGCUGGUUUCCAUGAAUGAGGCUUGUGCCUGGACAUAAACUCACUCAUCUGAUGGAUGCCCUGUGCCCACCUCCUCCCUUCUCUCCCAGGCCACCCCACCUGAUUCCAAAGGGCUGAUUUCCAAAGUGACAUCCAAAGUAUAAGAGGUUGGGGAAAACGUCCUGUGAAGGGGUUCAGGAUCUGAUUCCAUCAGAUGGUUUCAUGAAUACUGUGGGAGGUUAACUCUGUUUGAAAAUAGGCAACCAAUGCUAUAUUUUGAGUGUUAGGUCUCUGGACUGAGUCCCACCCACCCACUCCCUAGUGGGUUCUAAAUGGUUCUCAGACCUGUCCUGUGAGUUUAAUGGAACGGGGGCUGUUAGCAGUUAAAAAAUAAACACCUCUUCAAUGGGCUCAGGCCCUUUCCUUUUCCUCCACUUGGGAGGAAAAUUGUGCUUCCAACUUGCAGGAGCAUGAGUGAGAUCACCUCCAUCAGAGAGCAAGGGACCCUCCCAGUGGCCUGGGAGACCCAGGGAGGAGCUCUUCCCUAGGGAGAGGGAGCAGCUCAUGGUGCACUGUUCUUUCUCUGGGGUGGAAGGGGGGGAUGUGAGGCCACUGGCUCUGCAUGCUCCCAACUUAGGGAGAAGUGACAUUUUCAUUCCCUUUUUUUGUGUUUAAAAUAGAAUGAUUUCCAAAGCACUGUGUGCUUGGGUCUCUUUCCCCUCUGUGUCAAACUAAUCCCUGCCGCCCACCCCACCCCCCACGUCCCUCUGCUAAUCCAGAGCUUGCUCUUCCUUAGACUGGGGCAGGAAGGAGUUGGGGAAUUGCCCUGGCCUCCCCACUCUAUCCAGACUAAAGGAGAGCUCUGCUUCCCCCUGACACUGGCCUCCUCCAGCCCUGAGGUCUGUGGUUCUCAAAAACUGCAGGAGGGCACCUCCCCUCCCCAGUCCAGUCCAGGGGAGGGGCCGGCAGCCCAUGUGGGCGGUGGGGAGGCAGUGUGUGGAUAGUGGGGUCACGUGGUUCUUAUCUAGGUCCCGUGGUGACCUG